CCUCCACAGAACCCACAAACUCGCUCGGCCUAUUUAACUCGGCGUUCGCUACCAGUGCUACUAUUGUUGAACGACAAUAUCGACAAACUAAUUGGAUAGUAUGGCAUCCAAUGAGCUCGAGGCGCAGCUUCUCGAAAUAGGGAAUCAACUCCUGGAACCGCCGUCCACCGUCGAGGAACUCCUUCCUCUUCUCGACAGGAUCGAAAGAUGUCUAACCAAGGUAGGCCAAUCACCAAACAAGUCAAUGCAAGCCGCGCUUUCACCGUCGCAGAAGGCAUUGGUUGCUGAACAGCUCUUAAGGCAUUCAGAUCCUCAUGUCAAAGUUUCAGUUGCGUCUUGCAUCACUGAGAUAACCAGAAUAACUGCACCGGAUGCACCAUACGAUGAUGACCCAAUGAAAGAGGCCUUUCAGCUUAUCGUGUCUACAUUUGAAAAUCUACAAAACAAGCCCAGCCGAUCAUACACAAAGACGACAUACAUUCUUGAAACUGUUGCAAGGGUCAGGUCCUGUGACUUAAUGUUGGAUCUUGAAUGCGAUGAAUUGAUUGUUGAGAUGUUCCAGCAUUUUCUCAAGGCAAUAAGGGGCUACCACCCAGUGAGUGUUAUUUCAUCGAUGGAGAAUAUUAUUACACUUGUUAUAGAAGAAUGUGAAGAUGUAUCUUGUCAACUUCUUGCUCCCUUAUUAGCUAGUGUGAAAAAUGUUGAAGAGGAAGUAGAAACCCAUGGCAUUGCAUUGGCUGAUUACAGUAAGGUAGUAGCUUCUAUAUGCUCAGAGUCAGCUGGUGACACUGAGAAGAAUGGAGUGCAUGAUGAUAAGGAUAUGGGUGGUUAUAACUUGAGAGGAAGAAAGAAGAAAGAUGUUGAUCUUAACAUGUUUGACAGAAUCAGUGGAUUGCCGGAUGAAAUUCUUACGAGCAUACUCUCUCUAUUGCCCUUAAGGGAAGCUCAAGCUACUCGUAUCCUUUCUAGGAGGUGGCAGCAUGUGUGGCCCUAUUGUACGACUCUCAAUUUCAAUGCUGGAAGACAAUUAAUUACAUUUGGCAAGCUCCAAUUUGAUUGGGAACGCGAGCUUGUAUUGCGUAUGUAUGUUGAUUGGGUGGAUUCUGUUUUGAAACAACAUAAAGCCCCUAACAUUGAGCGCUUCCGAGUUGCUUUUGGUCAUGGUCCUAGAAGUUGUAUUGAUGAUUGGAUUCAAUUUGCAAUGAGGAAAGGAGUUCAAAUUCUUGAGAUGGACUUAUCAGCUAUUUUACAUCCAAGGGGUCUGCACUACAAACUUAGCAACAAAGUGUUGGGUAUAAGAGAAUUUUCUUCUUUCAAGGCCUUGUGUUCUGAAUACAUUGGUUUCAAGUUUCUCAAAGUUCUUGAUUUCAAUUGUGUUGAUGUGGACCAAGGUAUUCUUGAGUACUUCAUCUAUAACUGUCCAGUUCUUGAACGAGUAGCCGUGUGUGAUUCAUCCUUGCUGGUCAAUCUUAGAGUUGUUGGUCAGUCUAUUGCAUUGAAGUACUUAACGAUACAUCGAUGUCGCAAUCUCAAAAGCGUGGAGAUAUGUGAAGCAAACUUAGUUUCAUUUACUUAUGGUGGGGAGCUGGAAAAGUUGCUUCUAAGAAAUCUACCGCUUCUUGUUGAGGUAUCCCUUUCAGAAUGGAAGUGA